GAGAGCGAACGCUUUAGACCCAAACAGCAAAAUAUGAAAUAUUUCUCGGUCGGUCAUUAUUUCUGAGAAAAGAGAAAACUUGGAUUUGGAGGGAAAAGAAAGGAGAAGAAAAUGCCGGUGGCAAGACCUGAAACAUCUGAUUCCAGAGUCAUUGCUCAUGUAGACAUGGACUGCUUCUACGUUCAAGUGGAGCAAAGGAAACAACCAGAUUUAAGGGGCUUACCAACAGCCGUGGUACAGUAUAAUGCAUGGAAAGGUGGGGCCUUGAUUGCUGUCAGCUAUGAGGCCCGAAAAUAUGGUGUUAAACGAUCGAUGAGAGGUGCUGAGUCAAAGCAAGUCUGCCCACAAAUUCAGUUGGUCCAAGUCCCAGUAGCACGUGGUAAAGCUGACCUGAGCACAUACCGCAAUGCGGGCUCAGAGGUGGUUUCUAUUUUGUCAAGGAAGGGUCGAUGUGAGAGGGCUUCAAUUGACGAAGUGUAUCUUGACCUUACCGAUGCAGCGGAAACAAUGUUAGCUGAAGCUCCUCCAGAAAUCUUGGAAGUAAUUGAUGAGGAAGCUCUCAAGUCCCAUGUUUUGGGGCUGAAUAGUGAGGACGGCAGUGAUGCCAAAGAAAGUGUGAGAAAAUGGCUUUGCAGGAAUGAUGCUGAUCGCCGUGAUAAACUUUUAGCUUGUGGGGCAUUCAUUGUUGCAGAACUUAGGUUGCAAGUGUUGAAGGAGACAGAAUUUACCUGUUCUGCUGGCAUUGCUCAUAAUAAGAUACUGGCCAAACUUGCAAGUGGUAUGAAUAAACCUGCGCAACAAACUGUUGUUCCAUUCUCAUCUGUGAAAGUAUUGCUAGAUUCCUUGCCAAUUAAGAAAAUGAAACAGCUAGGAGGAAAACUGGGGGAUUCGUUACAAAGUGACCUGGGUGUUAACACUGUUGGUGAUCUAUUGCAGUUUUCAGAGGAAAAGCUACAAGAACGUUAUGGAAUCAAUACUGGUACCUGGUUAUGGAACAUUGCUAGAGGGAUAAGUGGGGAUGAAGUUGAGGGGCGCCUUCUUCCAAAGAGCCAUGGUUCUGGGAAGACAUUUCCUGGACCUCAGGCUUUGAAGACAAUUGCUUCUGUUCAACAUUGGCUCCAUGAACUUUGCGAGGAAUUAAGUGAACGCCUUCAAUUGGACUUGGACCAAAACAAAAGGAUUGCUCACACACUAGUGUUACAUGCUACCGCAUACAAAGUCAGUGAUUCAGAUUCACACAAGAAGUUUCCUUCAAAGUCUUGUCCCCUAAGGUAUGGGACUGCCAAGAUACAAGAAGAUGCUCUUAGUCUUUUUCAAGCUGCAUUACGAGAAUACUUGGGUUCAUACACAGCCAAAAUUCAAGGAAGUCAGAACAACCAUUGGGGAAUAACGUCUCUUUCUGUUUCAGCUAGUAAAAUUGUUCCCAUACCAUCUGGAACAGCUUCAAUCACUAAAUACUUUCAUGGCCAUCCGUCCUGCUCUUCGACAAAGCAAUCACAGAAUAACCUCAUUGAAGAAGCUACUCCUGUGCCACCUUCAGGCAAUGAAAGCUACUCGGAGGUGAAUGUAACGAAGCCACAGAUUGAGUUCCCAGGUGAAGAAACCAUGAUCAAGUAUGCUGAGACUAGUUCUGAUCAACUCGAAGACAAAAUAGAUUUGUUGAAUGACCAGAAUCCAUGUUGCUCUUCAAAAAAUCAGGCAUGCGAUGAAUUCACCCAGGAAACUGUACUGGUAUCAACCUCAGGAAACGAACACUGCUCAGGAAUGAAUCAAAGCCAACCGAUGAAAAAUUAUUCUGGGGAAGAAUCUUGCGUUACACUUUCCAUGCCUAGUUUUAAUAGACAGGAGCAGAAAAGAAAAGCAGUGAAAGACAAGGGAACGUGCUCAAUAUUGAGAUUCUUUAAGAAUCAAGAUCCAUCUUGUGCUCCACAAAAGCUAGAACAUGUUGAAAAUACUGAAGAUGUCAAAGCACCACCACUAUCUCCUGGUAUUCAGUCUAGAAGUAAUAAUUGUUUGGAUCAAAAUCGAUCAGAGUUGCCAAAAGAAAGACCUCCUGAAGACGCUGGGGAUUCUAAUGUGUGUGGUUCAUUUCAAAUUGAACAUGGAAGGGGAGGAGCAUGGAGUUACAAUAUUGAUGAAAUUGACCCCUCAGUCAUUGACGAGUUACCACCAGAAAUUCAACAAGAAGUUCGUGCCUGGAUCAGGCCUCACAAGCGGCAUAACACGGUGAAACGGGGUUCUAGCAUUGCUCAUUAUUUCUUACCAACCAAGGACACAUAGCCAAUGAUAAGCUCUUGGGAGUGCCUUGUGUGUGUAUAUAUAUAUUUAUUUGUAUUAUAGUGCAGUUGUAACUUUGUGUCAUUCUUGCGCCACAUCAGUUGCAGAAUCAAAACGCCUGCAUGAGCUGUAUGUUGUGGUGGAACUGAGCAAUACUUGUGUAUUUGCAUUUGAGUUAUUUAUUACAAUAAGCUAUAAUGUUGAUGCUUUUCUGAA